AUGGUGCCGACGUUUGAGUGCUUCCAGGUGCGCGCCUGCCCCCUGGUGCGUUUCUACCAGCGGGGUUUCUGUGUUCGUGACUGGGCCCGAGGUUUUGUGCGCAAUGAGUUCCGCCAGGGCGACUGGCUGGCCCUGCUACACGAGGCCAACACCACGGCCGGCGCGCGCGCAGCGCCGAGGCCAGCCACAGAGGAGCAACAGCAGGAGAGACGCAGAGAACAGGCUUGCGCGCACCACCUCGAGCCGCUGAUGGAACACGAAGAGUCCAUGGACCUGCUUGGAUUCGCCGCCGCUGCCCUCGCGGAGGCGCGGCAAGGGGACUUCCUAGCCGCUUUCUUUGACGACGUGUACAUCAAGACCACAGGGGCCAGGGCCAGAGCCGUUUUCGACACCACCACCGGAGCAAUUCACCUCCACGCAAACGUGGAUUGCCACCUUGGCAAGUGCCGGGCCUACAGCAGCCCAGAAUUGGCGAGCUGGGACAAGACGUCUGGAGGGGCACCCGAGAAUUCGUCGCCGCACACCUGGAAAGCAGACUACAGGAAGAGAGGCGACUCCUGGACGAACUGGCGCACCUGCCCGACCUACACGGCCUACUGGAGCGCUUGGGCAGACGCCCUACACAUGCUCCACCAACGGCGCCCCGUUGAAGCUGCAGCGAUCAGGGAUCUCCUCGACGGCACCAGGCCCGGCCGUAGGGGCAACCUUGCCGCAGCCGCCGCGGCCGCACAGCUGCUCGAAACCGAAGGCUUCCGGAGACCUUCCUGGGCCGACCUGCUCCAGGGGCUGCGCCCAGAAGCGCCGCCGCGCUCGGAGGCCGCCGAACUGGGGGAAUGGCAGCACGGCUGGCAGUUCCACGCUUGUUCCGCACGCAACACACACUACAGGGACAACGUGUUCAUGCCCAGCCUCACUAGGGCCAACCAGGCCAUGCGAAGGUCAGGCUCAGGCCCGGGACCGCCCAGGAUAGGCUCAGGACGGAGGGCCGCCUACUGGCUUCACACCUUGCCCACCACCGAGGGGCACGUGUUCAAGCCCGCGCGGUUCCUGGCAGCCCUGCGCCGGCGCCUCAGGCUCCCGCUGCCGCUCCUCCCGCACACGUGCGGGGCAGCCGGCCGCCCAGGCUGCCGGGCCCGGCUGGACACGCUGGGAGACCACCUAGCCGCACGCGCGAAACUGCUCGAACGAGCUUGGGCGAGGGUCGCCAGAGAAGCAGGAGGGAGAGUUGUCCCCCAACAGCUGCUGCGGGACACCAACGCCGUCGUCCACAACCCGCUGGACCGCAGACAAUUAGACCUAGUCGUCUACGGCAUCUCGCCGAACGGCGUCCUGCUGUGCUGCGACAGUACCAUGGUGUCCCCCCUCCGCAGGGACGGCUGGCACCGGCCGCGCACCUUCGACACCAACGGCGCCGCGCUACUUGGGGCCGAAAGGCGCAAACGACGCAGGUACCACGAACAUUCAGGCCGCCUCAUGGUCCUCUCCUGCGAGGUCGGAGGCAGGUGGGGCCGCGAUUCCCUCCAGCUGGUACGCCUGCUUGCCAAGCAGACGGCGCGGGCCGCGCCGGCCCUCCUCCGCCGCUCCGCGGAGCUCGCGUACACCAACCGCUGGUGGGGGUUCCUGAGCGUCGCGGCCCAGGACUCGCUCAUGGCCACCCUGACGGGCGACGGCUACCUAGCCUUGGGGGGGGCCUCCGGGGAGGACGACCCAGACCUGGCCGAAGUGCUGCUCGCAGACUCCGCCGGCCCACCCGCUAGCCGCCUGCCAGCACGCCCCUGA